GGUUUUUUUCCGAGUUUGAGUUUUCUCGCUUGGGCGCAAGGAAGGUCGCGGGCCAUGUGCUCACAGAUUAUGCAAUAAAACUGAUGAUUCGACAUACCGAUGAUCCCGUCGUGGAUCCCUUACGUCAUAUAGUCUGGUAUACGUGACACCUUGUUAUUGUUGGAACUGUGUGCAGGGAGAACGAGGAAAAAUAAGGUGUGGGACUAAGUUUCGGAGAUAGAUGAGAAAAGCCAACCGGUAUUAUGGGUCAAGUUUGGCUCGUCAGAUUAGAACGACGUUCGAUGUCUAGCCGGUCGUCUGGAUGCUCUUUUAUAUAAUGUUCCGCAAACCGCAUCAUCGCGUAUAAUGUCAUUCCGUUACCCAUGCUUAUUUCGCGCGACAAAUCAUUUUUUCCGCUUUCGCCUAUAGCGUGUGUACAUCGUCGGAGAGAAAUGCUCGUAUAUCUUUUCCGAAUUUCUUUUUCACAACGACCACGCAUUCUACCGGUUUUAUAUGUCGCUCGAUAGACCGAUCGGCCGUGGGUGUAAAAACACGAUGCGAAAAUUCUUAAGACACCUUAGACUCGCUAGCAUUGGGAUUACGGGGUAUUUUGCAACGACUCGUCGAUUAGGCGGCCCAUUUGCUAAUGAUUUAAAAGAGUUGAAUAAUUCGCAUCCGAGACGUAGAAAGCGUAUAGUUUGUCCAUAUUUGCCGACUGGUUUCGCAGUUCCCUCUGCUGACUCAAUUCAGCAAAUAAACAACCCUCUCGUGGGAAAUAGUUUUUCUCUUUCGCCGUUAAUUGCUUAUAAUUGAUUGCGCUCUUAAUUUAGAUACGUUCCGAAAAUGCUGUUGGCACAUGUUUACAGGAUGCAGAAGAUCGUUACGUGCGCAGAAGCCUUACAGUGCCUCGACUACGUGCUACAAAUGUAAACAACGAUAUAAAGAUUAACAUUAAUACCCGUGCAGUUAUGUCAGACCUCCUUCAUGUGGACUGUGAUUUAUGCUUCGAAUUAAAUUCGAGUAUCAUCUAACGUGUGCGUGCGACGUCAGAUGGACCGCUUACGAAACUCAGAAUUUGAAUAUGUUCCACCUGAUACGUGUGACCUUUUACAAAUUGGAUUUGAUCGGAUAAACAUAAUCCAUGAUAGAAAUGUUACCGUUCACCACUUUUACUUCCUGCGACUUUCGUACAAACAACAGACUAAAAGAAUCAAAGCUCGGAUUAAAAAAAAAAUUCUAAUCCCCUGCCUGAAAGCACAAAUCACCACCUAUACACACAAGACUACAUUCUCUUUUCUUUUACCUCGAAAUUCAACGGGCAGUUCUACCAGAAACUAACGCUUCUGUUAAGUAAUACGCGACGCGCCGAGAGCGAUCCCGAUCCGCAACUUCGACCUUGUCACUGAUAGGGACCGAGUAUAGGCUCUUGCGGACCAGUCAGGCGGGAACGCCAGCAGUUUUCGAUCGGCCGGUGAAUCGGUGAGUCGCCGCUCUGGCCUGCGCUUGUGCGGGCCUUGUUUCGUGAAUCUUCUUUAGGAUGUGCACAUUUUUUUAGUGUUAAUCAUUUCAAAAGAUCGCGAGAGAGAUUUUUUGUUGCGAAGAUGGUUAAACAUGAGUUUUAUAAGUUUUUGAGCUAUGCGAUGGUGUGUCACUUGACGUUUUGUAGCUGAGGUGAUCUAACCAACUACAAAAUUCAAGACUCGCAAGUCCUCUCUAUGCCAAAUCAAAGAAAGAAGCGCAAGAAAACCCAACACAACGACUGAGAUAAAUCUACCUCACAAAAAAUGGAUCAACAUCUAGUCAUUUUCUUUACUGCCAUCCUUGUGCUUAUCUACGCCACGAAUUUCGGACGAUGUGGUCUAGACGAUACCGCCGACGAGGAAGACGCCGGCACCUACGACUUCGUGAUAAUCGGCGCAGGUUCGGGCGGUUCUGUCCUGGCCAACAGACUCAGCGAAGUCGCCAACUGGAAAAUUCUUCUUGUGGAGGCUGGAAAAGAGGAGAUGUUCCUCACGGAUAUACCCUUGCUGGCGCCGAUUUUGCACAUUACGGAUUAUAAUUGGGGAUACAGGACUGAACGGAAAUCUGGAAAGCUCGGCUACUGCCUGUCGAUGACGGACGGCCGGUGCAAUUGGCCGCGAGGAAAGGCUCUCGGUGGUACGUCCGUCAUCAAUUUCAUGAUUUACACGAGGGGCGCCAGAGCUGACUACGACGAGUGGGAGGCUAUGGGCAACCCUGGAUGGGCCUAUCGGGACGUGCUGCCGUAUUUUUUGAAGUCGGAAAACAGCAGACUGAAAUACCAAGACCCAAGGUAUCACUCGGUCGGCGGCUAUCUGGACGUCUCGAACGUGCCGUACGUCUCCCGACUUCGUCACCCUUUCCUCCAAUCAGCUAAGGAAUUUGGAUAUAAAUUUAACGACUACAACGGCGAGAGUCUAAUGGGCUUCUCACCCGUCCAGGCGAAUCUGCGCUUCGGCCGUCGAGUGAGCGCGAGCAAAGCUUUCCUGGACCCGAUCGUCAACCGACGCAAGAACCUCCGCAUCUCGACCUUCUCUCGGGUCACCAAGAUCUUCGUCAACUCCGAGACGCGUCGAGCUUCCGCUGUGAAAUUCAUCGGCAUCAACAACAACAAGACCUACGUGGCUCGAGCUCGUCGCGAGGUCCUCCUCUGCGCUGGUACCCUCAACUCGCCUCAGCUCCUCAUGCUCUCGGGCAUCGGUCCCAAGGCUCGUCUGGAGUCGUUGGGGAUCAAGGUCCUGGAGGAUCUGCCGGUGGGGCAGAAUUUGCAGGACCACGUGAGCAUGUCGGCGUUGACUUUCCUCGUCAACGAUAGCGUGACCAUCAUCGAGCCCAGACUGGUCAUGAAUCCGGUCAACACUUUCGAUUACUUACUGAAGGGCAGCGGACCGUUUACUGUGCCCGGGGGCGCCGAGGCCCUCGCGUUUAUCGAUACCAAGAGCCUUCUGGAAAACCGCAAACCCGACAAAGGUCCUUCCUCAGCUAAUUACCCGGAUAUCGAACUGGUCCUUGGAAUCGGUGCAUUGACAGGCGACGUGUCGGGCAGCUUGAGAAGUCUGUUCGGUUUUAGCGACGAUUUCGAACGUCGAGUUUUCUCGCAUUACAAGGGCUUCGACGCUUUCAGCAUCGUGCCUAUCCUCAUGAGACCCAAGAGCCGAGGAAGAGUCAGCUUGCGAAGCGAUAAUCCGAUGGAUCCGCCGAUCUUGGAGGCUAAUUACUACGAGAGAUCGGAGGAUCUCGAUACGAUAGUUCGAGGCAUCAAGGCUGCAAUAAAAGUAGCUUCUUCACGAGCCUUCAAACGCUUCAACGCAACCCUUCUACCGGUCGCUUUCCCGGGUUGCGAACACCUUCAGUUUGCAAGCGACGACUACUGGGCCUGCGUCGCUCGUCACGUAUCCACGACCUUGGGUCACUUCACCAGCACCUGUCGCAUGGCUCCACGAGCUCAGGGAGGCGUUGUCGACUCAAGACUGAGGGUCCACGGAAUUCAGGGACUCAGAGUCGUCGACGCCAGCGUCAUGCCCGAGAUCAUAGCCGGACACACCUGCGCACCGACUUACAUGAUCGGCGAAAAAGCUGCUGACAUGAUCAAGCAGGACUGGGGUGUGCUGAAGUCUAAUUGGAAUUGACUACGAUAUGACUGAUGAUUUAUUGCUUUUAUCAAAUACCUCGUUUUAUGUAUAAAAAACUAGAUUGUAAGUGAGCGUUGGUUUUAAUACUUUCUUGUGAUAUGCACAACUUAUUAUUAUAUUACGUGUUUAAAAUGCGUUGAAUUAUGUGAAGUACGAUACAAUUUGUAAGCGUUUAUUGUAGUAUGGUCAUGUGUAAAUACAUUGCAGAUUGAACAAUGUGGCAUUACUUUUGCUGGUCACGCGUUUUUUUUUUUUUAAUUUGAAUUAAUUUACGCCAUAACUGUCAAGUUAAAUUAAACUAAGUUGCUUUUAUUCAUAUAGUAAGCUAGUACAUAAUAUAUUCGUACUUACAAUUGUAAUUACCAAAGUAAUACAAAAUAAAAAAAUGUUUAUAUUAAA